AUGACACAGACUGCCUUGAUCCGUCCCGCGUGGACGCCGGCCACCAUCGGCCUGAUGGUGCUGGGUUUCAUCGUCUUCUGGCCGCUGGGCCUGGCGAUGCUGGCCUACAUUCUCUGGGGCGACCGGCUGGAUGGCUGGAAGGGUGACGUCAACCGCGCCACCGAUGCCAUGUCCCGCAAUUGGAGCCGUUGCGGCCGUUCCGCCAACAUGGCACCGCGCACCGGCAACGUCGCCUUUGACGACUGGCGCGAUGCCGAACUCAAGCGCAUCGAGGAAGAGCGCCGCAAGCUCGACGAAAUGCGCAAGGAGUUCGACGACUAUCUGCGCGAACUGCGCCGCGCCAAGGACCAGAAAGAAUUCGACCAGUUCAUGGCGGCACGCGGUCGCGACAUGGAUGCCGACGCCGGCAAUGGCGCCAAGGGCACUUCGGUCCCGAACGUCAAGGGAUCGGACGAGAGCUGA